AUUGCUAUCAGUUAGCAUAAGUAAACAAGUUGUUUUUCUCACUAUAAGUUCUGUUACUUUAUAGAAGGAAGGGUUCUCCUCUUUAAAGAACAUAUAUGGCUUCUGCUACACAAUUGACCCACAGGGGCAUCCAUUUGGCCCGAUUGUACAGAUCUUCUUGGUCUAAGCCCUUGUUCCGGAAUAUGGCAACAAAGCCUAUACUGUAUUCCUAUUGGCCUAGUUCGUGUUCUUGGAGAGUUCGCGUUGCGCUGGCAAUUAAGAAGAUUGAUUAUGACAUCAAGCCGACUUCUUUGCUAAAAACUGUCAGCGGACAUGCUUAUACGGAUGAAUAUAGGGAAGUCAAUCCGAUGCAAAAGGUUCCCUCUUUGAAGAUUGAUGGUCAUACCUUGUGCGAUUCGGUGGCUAUUAUGCACUACCUGGAGGAAACUCGACCUCAGCCAGCACUUCUGCCCGAAGAUCCGGUUAAAAGAGCCAAGGUCCGUGAAAUUGUGGAGCUCAUUUGCUCGGGCAUCCAGCCACUGCAAAAUAGUUCUGUCCUGGAUCAUAUAGGCAAGGAUCAGAGUCUGCAAUGGGCCCAACACUGGAUUGCUCGAGGAUUUCAGGGUCUCGAGAAGGUUCUUUCCCAAUCGGCGGGCAAAUUCUGUGUGGGAGAUGAGCUCAGUAUGGCGGAUAUUUGCCUGGUGCCUCAGGUGCGCAAUGCUAGGAGAUACAAAGCUGACCUGACCCCAUAUCCCACCAUAGUACGCUUGAGUCAGAAACUACAAGAACUUGAUGUUUUCAAAGCCACUCAUCCCAGUACCCAGCCAGAUUGCCCACCUGAAUUCGCAAAAAAAUAAUCAAAACUUAAGAUAUAUUAAAACCAACAUUGCAUUUAUAAGGAUACUUGAUAUUAAAUGGAUUUCCAAAAGCAACCAGCCCAAA